AUGAGCUCCAAGUUGAAGUACACUGAUAUAGAUGUGCCAUUGGACUGGUUGUAUAAGGGGAAACGAAGGAAUAGGACCAAAAGUGCGGCUUCCACGCGCACUUCAGAAGCUACCACCACCUCUGUAAAGAAAACUGCUACUUUGCCAUCAACCGCAGCUGUUCCUACGAAAACUAUAGCUUCUCCUCAAAGGCCCCUGAGCGGCCAGAAUGUAAAUAACGAAUUAUCCAACUCUAAACCAGCAGUAUCCGCCGAGAAGGUUUCGCAGCAAGGACAAGUGCCCACUAGGAGGACUCGUUCUCACUCAGUAUCGUACGGCCUACUCCAGAAGAAGAAUAAUAACGAUGACACCACAGAUUCUCCUAAAAUAUCUCGAAUUAGAACGGCACAGGAUCAACCUGUUAAGGAAACAAAAAGCAGCACCCUUGCGGAACCCAUCGUUUCAAAGAAGGGGAGAAGUCGUUCUUCUUCUAUAUCAACUUCUUUGAAUGAACGAUCUAAGAAAUCUCUGUUCGGUUCUUUGUUCGGGAGAAGGCCUUCCACCACUCCCUCGCACGUUGUUGAAAGACCGUUGUCUUCUCAGAAUGACCAUAAAAAAAGCACAGAACUCCCUCCUAUAGAUACCAGACAGUCAAAGAUCUCCACCCCAACUAGUACUCCUACCACUGCAUCUUCCAAACCCAGUAGUUCUGGUGGGAAUAGACAUUCUGAUGGAUCUCUUACUUCAAAACUUCUAAGUAUUCCUCAUAACAUCUUGGAAACCUCUUCUACGAAUUUUAAUGCCCACCACCAUAUCCAGUCACAUCAUAGUAGUGGUCGUGAACAAGACUCGCCCCAUUCUGAAUCAUCAGACCUCCCUCCCAUUUUAGAAAAAGAAACUACGCAAAAACAAUUACAGAAGGUGUCAAAGGUAAAUUUGAAAAGGGUUACUAUUGCAGUUCAAGAAUUUAACUCAGAUCCCCCACAACAACUACCUUCUAGGAAGCCUAAAAGGGGUAAUGUUCUCAUACCAGAAGAUAUGAUUAGUGCCCCCCCACUAAUCUCUCUGGGAAUUACAAACAGCAGCGAUCAAAGCAGUUUUCAGUCCAAUAUCUCUCCCUCAUAUUCAAAAGAUUCUAAAGAAUAUAAAUUAGCUUUGGAAAAUUUUAAAAAAGCAGCUAAAGAAGCCGAAAAACAUCAAAAGGAUGCGUAUUAUGUUGCAGAGCGAAUGGCUCAAGAAGUGGCAAACUAUAAGGCCAGGCAAUUGAAGACAUCGCCGUUAACUGGAGCAACUAAUUCAGCAGCAGAUUCAGCGACGGAUCAAGAAUCCUCCUCUCUAGAUGCUAGAGCUUCUAAGCUUCAUAUCGAUAAACCGAUCAAUGUAGGUGCACAUCCUUUCGAAACACAUCAGGAUGAUAACAUUAAAUACUCUUCUCACCUUGAACAAACAUUGGACGUAGCUUACACUAGAUGCUGUCAUUUGAGAGAAAUUUUACCAAUACCGUCCACUUUGAGACAGGUCAAAGGUAAAACCGCACCUUUGCAGACUUUGAAAUUUUUGAAUCCAAAACCAACCUUAGUGGAUAUAUUAUCAUUUUGUGAUUUUAUUGCCAUAACUCCGAUCCAUAACAUCAUUUUCGAUAAUGUGUCCUUAACCCAUGAUAUGUUCAAGAUUGUCAUUUGUUCUUUGGUAACCUCUCCGGUAGUGGAGAAAUUGGGGUUAAGAAAUGUUGUGAUAAACGAACAAAGUUGGAAACUACUUUGCAAGUUUUUAUUACAAAAUAAAACAUUGAUCAAGCUGGAUAUUUCUCAGACUAAAGCAAGGACAGAUUUAAAUGAUUCUAACUACAGAGACCAAAUGGACUGGGAACUAUUUUGCGAAGUUCUUAGAAAUAGAGAAGGUAGACCUUUGGAAGAAUUGCUUUUGAAUGGUUUAAGGUUUGACAAAAUGUCAUUCAGUCAUUUCAAAAAUAUCCUACUUACUUUCGCACAAAUGAACCCUAAAAACCCUAUUCGUCUCGGGAUGGCUAACGUAGAAUUCUCAACCGAGUGUUUUGAUUUUCUCUUUAAUUGGAUGUCUGAAUAUAACGUUCAAGGUGUGGAUUUGGCCUAUAAUAAUUUAGAAAGUUUGGCAAAACGAAUGAUCAAAAAACUAGCUAGGCUUCCUUAUAAGCAUUUGGAAUAUUUUACCCUUAACAGCACUAAUAUCACCUCUGUUGAUGAUAUGUCCUACAUACUAAAAUAUCUUUCACGUUUGCCAAGCAUAAAAUUUCUAGAUUUGAGCAACUUGCCUCAGUUAUUCCCGGGGAUUUUAACAUCCGGCUAUAAGUAUUUUCCCCAAUUUCCACAACUGAAACGUAUUCAUUUUGAUUUCGACGAUCUUUCUAUAAAAGAAACAACCAUGCUUGUCAGCAUAUUAGCUAAGUGUGAAACCCUCUCUCAUGUUUCAUUGAUAGGACAAAGUCCUAUGCCCGAUGCAAGUAAAAUAUCCGACAGUACUGAUGAACCCGAUAAGUCGAAAGAUGAAAAGAAAGAACAAAUCGUAUUUAUGAGAAAUACGCUUUGGGCCUCAUUGUAUGCAUUUGUUAGGGACUCUCACAAUUUAGUUAGUUUAGACGUUGACUAUGAUCAAGUACCAGACGAAAUUCAAUCAAGAAUUGCGUUAUGCUUAAUGCAUAAUAUGAAGAGAAUUAUGGACUCUAGCUUUAAAUUAGAUGAAUUGACUGUACAAGAUGAUUUAAUAUUUGAUGGUUCCUUGAUAACUGAGACAGCAGAAGAAGUUUUGAAAAGAUUAAAUGACAAAUCUUUACUUCAAAAUGAUGUUGGGAAGAAAUAUCUUUUAAAGAAAUAUUUUGAGAAAAUGGAAAAGGUACAUCAUAAUGUUCAAAAUACAAUUGAUUCUAUGUUUGAGAAAAGAAAAUCCGGCGAACUGCCACUGCAGGAAAAGGAAAACCUACUAAGGUUAUUGCUUCUUGAGAAAAAUUUAUCAAAUAUUCUUGAUAUUUUUGCUUCUAUGCCCAAUAUAGCAGAUGUCGUACCAUUUUCAAAAGCCGAUAAUAGUUUCCCUAAUAUUGGGGAUAGCACGGUUAGCGCAAACUAUAAUGAUGGUAUUCGUCCAUCUCUAAAACACUUAGAUUCUGACAGGUUAAUCAACGAUGUUUCAAUUCCUGAAAACGAUUCAUCAAUUAGACCACACUUAAUGGCCACCGACUCGGGACGAAUCAUCGAUGUGACCACUGGUAAAGCUCUUCUUUUCAAGAGUUCGUCUAAUACCUCACUGGCCGGCAAGAGACAGGAAGAAGAGGAAGGUGAAUUACAUAAAUGGGGUGUGUUUGUACAGCACCAAAGCUCAAGACAUAACUCUGGGCUUCCUUCAUCCGCCAAUUCUUCGAGAAUUAGCGGGUCGUUAACACCAGAUAGCAGUGUCGCCGGAGGAAAGAAAGGGGAAUCCUCUCGCACAUCUGGUACAAGGCCAAAAAUCUUACCAAAGAUUCCUACCGGUGCCGAAUUAAGGGAUGCCAUUAUUAAAGCUAAGGGUAUUGAUUCUGUAGAUGAUCUGAUUAAAAAUGUUACCUCUGAAAAGGUUGGAUUGGAAUCAUUAUAUGGAGAUGAAUUGAACUCUAGAAGCCCGAGUAAUGACAGUUUACAAGAAUCACAACAAAAGGCGCCUUUGCAGAGGCCCCUUGUUGAAGAUGAAACAGUGACAAAAAAAUAUGACAAACUAUUGAACGAUCUGUCUAAUGUUCGUCACAGUAAAACCUAA